ACUGGCUCCGCUGCCCGUCUCCUCUCCCGCCCGCAAGAUCUCGCUCGCCCCUCUGCGUCUCAUUCCCGACAUUGUCCCCAUUGUCCACUUUUUGUCUUAUUCCAUAAUCUUAUAAUCAUGUCGCUCCCCUCCUCGACGCUCUACGCCGCUCAGCCCGCCUUCCGUCCCCCGCCCCGGUCCCGUGUGCUCAACAUGCAGGUCGUCAGGCCGGCCAACCGGGCUGCAUCCCACUAUACCCCCCAAUGCCCGCCCGGGAUCGCUGCACGCCAGCAGCAGGCCGCUCGCUCCCCGACGCCAGCGUCGCUCGGCAACGGCCUCUUCGGCAGCACCGAUAUCUGGGGCCAGGACGUACCCGCGCUGCCCAUGAACAUGCACCCCUCGCCCUACCCGAUCGCCCCCCAGAAGGUCGACUACGGUCGCCGCCGUCCGCAGUCGCAGGCCGCCUACAUGACGGCGGCGCAGCGCAGCGCGGGGAUCGAGAACCGCAUGCCGCGCUGGGAUGGGAGGGGGCAGUAUGCCUCCCGCCCUCCGUCGCCCAGCCGCGGCCCGCGCGAUAACUGGGGCAACGGCCGCCAGCCGCGGGGCCGACGCCAAUCUACGCCCAACAUGCCUUACGCACACACUACCCCUCCCCGAUACCAGGGCCCGCCGUCGGCGGGGGCGCGCGGCGCAGGCCGCCCCUCAUCCCCGGCCACCCCGCCCGCGCCCAAGCAGGCCCCGGUCAAGGUCCAGGCCGCCGCCGCUCCUGCGCCCGCCCCCACGCCCCGCUCGUCUCCCCCGCCCCCGUCCGAGCCCCUGCAGCCCAUCACGAACGUCGCGCAGAGCCAGCCCGCCCACAUUGGCUUCCAGAACGCGGACAAGCUCACGCGCGCGAAGGUCGUCGCCGCGCUGCUGCUCUACCGCGACGCGGGCGGGCGCUCCUGCCGCACGCGCUCGCGCCCGUCGUACACCCCGAGCUGCCUGUCCCGCGCGGUUAGCCUCGAGGCGUGAACGGCGUCGGUCGCUGCUGCGGGCGCGGCGCGAAAAGGGCCAGCAUAGACGUCGACGUCCCCGACGACAUUCCCCUUCCCCCCAUCGUCUCGCUUGCUUGCUUUCCACGGUGGUUCGCCCCGUCGCACGAUCACUCUACACUGUACAUCAGCACCCCCAUCGCAUGCUUUGCUCGCAGCAUUGUCUCACUUGCUUCCCUCCGGUACUCUGCUUCAUUACCUUUCCUCACUCUGGUUACGAACAGCAUCAUAUUUUAUAUCUCAUACACAGUAUCUCGUGUUUUGUCCAACUGUAGUACUACAUAUCCCUCUCUCCCUGUUGGCUUACAUAUACCUCUUCUCCUGUCCGUACUGGGCUUUUUUGUGUACUGAAUAGCCGUGUCGUAAUAAGGGUACAAAUGUAUAACUUGUCAAAUAAAUAGAACGUUCGUACGAACAUAUUUUAUCAACCUUCUCAUCGAACCUAUCUUAUUCGUUCCUUUGGACCUAUCCUAUAUCUUUCGAACCUAUUGCAUCCUAUGAUUAUGCCUUCUCUGAAGUUC